AUUUGGUUGGAAAUUUCGCUGUGAAUGUUGUUGUCCAAUAGGUCUAAGCGGAGAAGCCGCUUGAGAGUGGAACUUUCUAGUGAGAUCUCACCAGAGAAGUUAUUGCUAGCAAAAUAAAGAAGCCGGAGGUUCGUACAGUAUAUGAGAUAUAAAACGGUACGUUGAGACGGUUAUCAUGGAGAUCAAGGACCUAAAGCUGAUCAAGCAAUGAAAGGGAAGAAAUAGAACAACACGACUGGUGGCAGAGCAUUUAACGGCAACCCAUGUGACUAGCAUUGGAUAUCAUUGGCUCUGGUCUAGAUCUCGGCCACACACAUCGUUGACGCCGCCAAAAGACACAAGAUUUAAAUCGCUGAAUCCAGCUAAGGAAUUCUGAAAACACAACAGCUGAGCUGAGAACAGGAGGAAGAAGAAAGGGGAGAUGGACCCAUUAAAACAAAAAAUUGCAGACUCUCUCUGAGAAUAGCAAACAAUGAACCCAUCAACCCCAACUCCCGAUGAAUUCUCUUCUCUUCCUCUCGAAUUCAUUCCUUAUCCUCCUCUCCCUGACCCUACUCCUAAUCCUAGUUCAAUCCCAAGUUCCACUCUUUCUCUCAAUUCUAAUAACCCUAAUCAAUUCCUUUCCUUCUCUGUCCCCAAGAAACGACGUCGCGGCCGAUCCCAACGCACCACCAUCGCUUCCACCUCAACAACGUCGUUUCAGAUUCCACUUCCACAAUUGCCAACCAAACCUAAAGUUUCUAUAAUUGAAAACCCUAACCCUAAUCCUAAUUCAUUAAUCCAACAACCAGUACCUGACAUUGCCGAAGAGAUUAUAGUAAUCAACAAAGAAUCUACCAAUGAGGCAUUGAUCGCACUUUCUGCAGGUUUUCCUGCUGAUUCUCUAACUGACGAGGAAAUUGAAGCCGGCGUGGUUUCGGUUAUCGGCGGCAUUGAACAGGUCAAUUAUAUACUCAUUAGAAACCAUAUCAUUGCUAAAUGGCGCGAAAAUGUGAACAGUUGGAUAACAAAAGAAAUGUUCACAAAUUCGGUGCCAAAACAUUGUCAUGGCCUGUUAGGUUCUGCUUAUGAUUAUUUAGGUUCACGCGGGUAUAUUAAUUUUGGAGUCUCACAGUCAAUUAAAGAGAAAAUCCCUAAUGAAUUUACGAAGUCAAAGGUUAUAAUCAUCGGUGCUGGUUUGGCUGGAUUGGCUGCUGCGAGGCAGUUAAUGAGGUUUGGGUUUAAGGUUACAGUUUUGGAGGGGAGAAAACGUGCUGGUGGGAGAGUUUACACCAAAAAAAUGGAGGGAGGAGGCGGAAAUAAGGUUACUGCAUCAGCAGAUUUAGGUGGAACUGUGUUAACAGGGACUUUGGGAAACCCAUUAGGAAUUUUGGCAAGGCAGUUGGGGCAAUCAUUGCAUAAGGUAAGAGAUAAGUGUCCACUGUAUAGUUUUGAUGGGAAACCAGUUGAUUUGGAUACAGACUUGAAAGUUGAAACAGUUUUUAAUCGUUUAUUAGAUAAGGCAAGUAAGCAUAGGCAGUUAAUGGGGGACGUUGCUAUGGACGUAUCAUUAGGGGCAUCAUUGGAAACUUUUAGGCAGGUGUAUGGGGAUGCAGUGAAUGAGGAGGAAAUGAACUUGUUUAAUUGGCAUUGUGCAAAUCUGGAAUAUGCCAAUGCUGGAUUGUUGUCAAAGCUUUCAUUGGCGUUUUGGGACCAGGAUGAUCCAUAUGACAUGGGUGGGGACCAUUGUUUUAUGCCUGGUGGGAAUGGAAGGUUGGUUCAAGCUUUAGCAGAGAAUGUGCCAAUUUUGUAUGAGAAGACUGUGCAUACUAUUAGGUAUGGGAGUGAUGGAGUGCAGGUUGUUUCUGGAAGUCAGGUUUUUGAGGGGGAUAUGGCACUGUGUACAGUUCCACUUGGGGUAUUGAAGAGUGGGUCCAUAAAAUUUAUUCCUGAGUUGCCCCAGAGGAAGCUUGACGGGAUAAAGAGAUUGGGGUAUGGGCUGUUGAAUAAGGUUGCAAUGCUUUUUCCUUAUGUGUUUUGGGAAACUGAUCUUGACACAUUUGGGCAUCUAACUGAUGAUUCAAGCACUCGAGGGGAGUUCUUUUUGUUUUAUAGCUAUGCAACCGCUUCUGGUGAUCCACUAUUGAUUGCUCUUGUAGCAGGAGAAGCUGCACAUAAAUUUGAGAGUAUGCCUCCCACAGAUGCAGUGACACAGGUUCUUCAGAUUCUCAAGGGUAUUUAUGAACCAAAAGGAAUCACUGUCCCAGAACCUAUCCAAACCGUCUGUACAAGAUGGGGUAGUGAUCCGUUUACCCUUGGUGCAUACUCUAAUGUUGCAGUUGGGGCUUCUGGAGAUGACUAUGAUAUAUUAGCAGAGAGUGUUGGGGAUGGAAGACUUUUCUUUGCAGGGGAGGCCACCACCAGGCGGUAUCCUGCAACAAUGCAUGGAGCUUUUCUUAGUGGGUUAAGAGAAGCUGCAAACAUAGCUCGUUAUGCUAGUUCUCGAACUUUGAGUAUGAAAAUUACUAGGGGCUCUUCAAAGAAUGCCCAUAACUGUGCUUCUCUUCUUGCAGAUUUAUUUAGAGAGCCUGAUUUAGAAUUUGGGAGUUUUUCUGUCAUUUUUGGUCGAAAGAAUACUGAUCCAAAGUCCACAGCAAUCUUGAGGGUGACCUUUAAUGAACCUCGGAAGAAAAGUCAAGAAGGUUCUGGGCCAGAUCAACAACAUUCCAAUAAAUUACUUUUUCAGCAGCUUCAGUCACAUUUUAAUCAGCAACAACAGCUUCAUGUUUACACCUUGUUAUCUAAAGAGCAGGCCUUUGAGCUAAGAGAGGUGAGAGGGGGUGAUGAAAUGAGGUUGAAUUAUCUGUGUGAGAACCUAGGAGUGAAGCUGGUUGGGAGAAAGGGUUUGGGGCCUACAGCUGAUUCUCUUAUUGCUGCUAUAAAAGCUGAGAGGGGUGGUCGCAAAGCAACAUCACCUGCUUUAGCUCUUAAAGUGGGUCCUUUAAAGGGGACAACUAAGCUAAAAACAGGCACUUUGAAGCAGAAAAUGAUCAGGAGAGCUAAAAUAGUGAGCAACAGCAAUAGAUUGUUACCUAUUCCAAAUUCAAAUGUAAUAAAUGGUCAAAAGCCAGAGGAAAUUCGGGCAGCAAAUCAGGCACAUUCAGAAACAUCAGUUGCAGGGCAAAGUCAAGUUGAUGGAUUGAAGAAUGAGCAGAUGGCACCUUUCUACUGAUAGUUGAGAUACUGAGCAAGUACCAAUGACACUAGGAUUGGUUUUAAUGCCAUUCAACUUACUCAAGUGUCAAUACUGGUUUUCUCCAGUUGGAACCGUACCUCAUUUCUGUGGGCAACUUUAUAAGUGCUGUUCCCAACAGUUGGAAGGCACAUGUGCCAGGCCAAAGGCACGAGAAGAUUGGUGCAAUAACCUCGGAGCAUACACAAUUGGUCUAGAGCAUGUUAUUUUCUAGGGUCUUUGCAAGCUGUUAUUAAAAAGACCAUAAUGAAUUGGGAGCUUUCUGAUGAAGGCAACAAGUUCAGUUAUAUGGUGCAGAGCAGCAGGGCCACGGAAUUUCCUGCCUCACUAUUUUAAGCCUGUUGUCAAGGUACCUCUUUUGUGGAGAUUGUGCCCUUGGAGAUGGUUUUUACAGGGAAAUGAAGUAAUUUGAUUUGGGGCAUUGUCAUAUCAGGGUUUGACAAGGUAAAAUCUGAUUUCAACUUUAUUGAUGAUCUUUGGGGUUACAAACAACAAGAUGGGUACACUACACCAUUGAACAUUAUGGAUGAGUGCUCUCUGGUUGGAACUCAUAAGACUAGCAGCCUACAAACCUGUGUUGUGCUGCAUUUUAUCAAGCUCGAUGUUUUUCUUUAUAGUUGGUGUACAUUUAGGAAGUGAAUAAGGGGACAAAAAAGGUAGUUGCUUGGUUACAAUGUAUAGUGUGUGUUUGUAAAAUGUUUCCCUUAAAUUUGAGAAGAAAACCUCAAAAAAGGAGUAUUUUAAUCCCCCUUUUUUUUUUCUUUCACAUAACAUAAUAGUGAAGAAUUUAAUAGCAAGUUUUAACCUUUUCUUCA